AUUUCAUUUUGGACAGUGUAAUGCUGUAAGAAAUUAAGAAGAACAGAUAACACACACACAUACGUGAAGAGCGUGAAGGUAACAGGGAGAGAGACAGCAGGUAUAACGUUACGGUCCUGGGAAUCGUCAGCCGACCGGUGACUGUAGACGACGCGCCUUGCGGCAGUGCAUUCAUUUGCAAAAUGGCUGAUCACAGGGAACGGGAUUCGUAUUAUUCGCAAACAGAUCUACGCUCGAAGAACGACGACCCGCCGAACUCGCGACUUUUCGUCAUCUGUCACAAAAGUCUGGAGGAGGAUGACCUGAGAAAGGCCUUCGAAAAAUUCGGCAAGAUCGAAGACAUCUGGGUUGUUAAGGACCGUAACACGGGCGAGAAUAAAGGUGUUACGUACAUCAAAUUCUCCAAAACGUCAGAGGCGGCGUUUGCUCUCGAAGAGAUGAAUGGAAAGAUGCUUGGCUCCGUUGGCAGGCCAAUCAAAGUGAUGAUCGCCUCGAAUCGGGAUCAAGGCUCGGUGCGAGAGACAAACGAGGAGGAGAGGUGGGUUCGUUUGUUCUGUGUAUUACCGAAGACAAUGUCCGACAGUGAGCUGCAACAAGAGUUCUCCAAAUUUGGCUCCAUCGAGUAUGCUACUGUGGUAAAGGAUCGUAGCACAAAUGAGUCCAAGGGCUUCGGCUAUGUGAAGUUCAAGAAGGUGUCUAGCGCCGCCAGGGCGUUUGAAGAGUGUGACAGGAAGUACAAGGCAGUGUUCGCCGAGCCGAAGAAGCCAAAACCUGAUCAUGGUGAUGCCAAAUACAAUAACGGUCUGUCUACCUCUUACGAUGGUUCUACCAGUACAUACCCAUCCUCAAACUUUGGCAAGAGCAGUAUCAGCCUGGAAAUCGCCACAAACUACCCCAACUCGGAAGGUUAUACCCGUCUACAGGUGAUUGCUCAUCCAGCUUUGAAUCAGGAUCAACUGUGGAAAUUAUUUGAUAUAGUGCCCGGUAUGGACUAUUGUCAUCUCAAAACUGAUGUGAGAUACAGAAUGCCACGAGGGCAAGCUAUAGUGGUGUACAAUAACCCAAGUGCAGCGGCUUAUGCACGUGAGAAGUUUCACGGUUUCGAAUAUCCACCUGGCCAUCGGAUGAUUGUCAAACCAGAUUUAACGAGCGCACCGCCGAAGAGUACGUCGAAACCAGGCAGUUCCACAACUGGCAGCGCCGCCAGCGCGAGGACGGACCUGGCACACUUAGCAGAGACGAUUGCUCAAGCCACAUCGUUGAUUCAGGCUGCAGGGUUAACAGCACCAAGUUUGGAGCAUACAAUGUGUGUGAAGUUGCCUCCAGUCCAGCCGAUGGCGAGUAUAGAUGCAGAGGUGGCUAAAAGAUGCUUUAUCGUCUGCGGUCCACCGGUUCCGCCCAUAUACGCUAUGAAAGACGCGUUCUGUAGGUUCGGAAAUCUUAUCGAUGUAUAUAUGUUACCUGGCAAAAAUUGUGGCUACGCCAAAUACGCCACCAUCGAUAGCGCGAAUGACGCCAUCGAGGUAUUACAUGGACAAGAGAUCUGCGGUUCGCGCCUGAAAGUAUUGGAGGCGGAAGAACGAAACGUUGGUGAAGACCGCCGGAAAAGAUUAAGAAUGGACGAGGAUGAGAAUUGAGUCAGAGAUCGUUCUUACACGCGUAACUCACUGACUGGUAUACACAAGCUGGACGCACGCAACAAAAAGAGACGAAUUUAAAGACUCACUUGACCACGUGAAGGGCCUGGCAUCCAGGGAAACUACUCCAACUACCUACCUAUUUAACUGUUCGCUUACGUUCGCAACUUCAACGUUACUGAAACUUUAACUGUUACUCUACUGCUACUACUACUACUACUAUUACUACUACUACU